AUGUCCGUCCUCAUUGACGUUACAAACACCCCGACUAUCAACAGUACCCGAGAAGAAUGGCGCGCGGGGAACAAGCCUCCUUACCUGAGUAUAACCCCGGUCGAACUACAAUGGGCACGAGAAACAGUCCUCAUGAUUCCACCAUCAUUGAAGCAGCAGCUGUUGCCGCCGUUGCACCUUUCCAUACGUGAUUUCAUCAACAUGGUGCUUCCGGAACAAUGCAGCUUCUUCAACCUGGUCAAAUCUGACGCUACGCCCGGUGCCAGCGCAACAAACCCUGUGUAA